AUGGCCGGGCUGAAGCUGGCGCAGCUCAGCACCUCUGGGAAACUUGCUUUCGAGCUGGAGAUCCUGCAGAAGGGGAAGCGAAACCGCUUGUGCAGUUCCUGCCCGGUCCCCGCUGGGACCUGCCGCCUGAUUUUUGCAGGGGAGCGGCUGGGCAAGACGGCGUUCAUUAAGCUGGAGGACAAGACCUCGGGAGAACUUUUUGCCCAGGCGCCGGUGGAGCAGUUUCCUGGCAUCGCUGUGGAGAGCGUGACGGACUCCAGCAGAUAUUUCGUCAUCCGGAUCGAAGAUGAGAACGGCCGCCGAGCUUUCAUCGGGGUUGGUUUUGUCGACCGAGGGGAUGCUUUUGACUUCAACGUGGCUCUCCAAGACCACUUUAAGUGGGUGAAGCAGCAGAGCGAGCUGGCCAGAGAGGCCGAGAGCCCCGCGCAGGGACCCAAACUGGAUCUGGGCUUCAAGGAGGGACAAACCAUCAAACUCAACAUCGCGAACAUGAAGAAAAAAGAAGGAGCAGCGGCAAACACCAGACCACGUCCCGCGGUUCCUGGGGGCCUGAGCUUGCUCCCACCACCUCCGGGGGGAAAAUCUUCCUCUUCGCUUUGUCCUUCCGGAGAGCGACCGUCUUCAGUGCCCGCGCCCGCCCAGCUCCCCGGCACCCCCAUCACAGACUCCCUCUUGUCCUGGCCGCAGCCUGCUGCUGCUCCGGCCGUCGGCUUCUACCCAGGCUCAGGCGAAUGCCGGCUGGGUUCAGUUCUGACCCCAGCAGCUGCUGGGAUCGUCGCGAUUCCUUCAGGACCAAAGCGGGGGCUUGGGGACACCCCACUCUUGCCCUUAAAUCCCCCUCCCCGCACCCCCGGCAUCGAAAUGCUGCAAUAA